CUGCUCUGUUGUUCUUUACUCUGCGUCUGUUCUCUCAAAGACAAAAACGACGCCGUGCCAUUUUUUUCGUGUUAUUCGUAAAAGUGAAUUUUCUUGUCCUUCAAACGGCUUUCGCAGUGGUACUGGAGGGUGCACUGCCUUCUACGAGAGAUUUUCCUGGUUCGAAGAUUAUUCCGUCGAUAAAGUGAAGAUAAUCGUGCCUGAAUCAGCACCGUAGUCAAUAAUUGCGUCAAUUUAUUGGAUUGUUUAAGUUUUGGUGUUCUUGUGUGAUAAUGAGUGUGUCUGCAGUGGAUAAUGGACAGACGGAGGAGAACAACAUGAAUAGCCAUGGCGAUGUGGGGGAUGCCUUUGGUUAUGGCAGGAAUACUGUCAGCCCUCAGGCUGCACCACUCCAAACAGCACCUACUGAACGGUAUGCCAGUCAUUACAACAUGGGCCAUGCCAAAAGGGGACUCGCUAUUAUAUUCAAUCAUGAGUUUUUUACCGUGAGCCACUUGAAACCGAGGUCUGGAACAAAUGUCGAUUGUGAGCAGUUGGUUAAUACUCUGAAGGAUUUGGGGUUCGAGGUGAAAGAUUUCCAUAAUGCCACGCACCGGGAUAUUGUCAAGAAUUUGGAGGCUGUCGCUGAGAAGGAUCACGCGAAUCACGAUUGUCUGAUAGUCGCCGUUCUCAGUCAUGGGGAAUUGGGUCUCCUGUAUGCCCAUGACACGCCGUACAAGGCCGACACAAUCUGGUCAUACUUCACGGCUGAAAAGUGCCCGACACUAGCCGGGAAGCCAAAGAUUUUUUUCAUUCAAGCUUGUCAAGGAGAUAAACUCGAUAGCGGUGUCACGAUGAAGGAGAGGACCGAGACCGAUGGUCAUCCUACUUCCACCUUCAGGAUACCCUCGCAUGCUGAUUUCCUCAUCGCUUACUCCACCAUUCCCGGAUUCUAUUCCUGGCGUAAUACAACUCGUGGCUCCUGGUUCAUGCAGGCCCUCUGCAUCGAGCUCCGUGAAAACGGCACACGCUACGAUCUUCUGACUCUUCUUACCUUCGUUUCUCAACGGGUUGCAUUGGAUUUCGAGUCCAAUACACCCGACAAUAUGACCAUGCAUCAACAAAAACAGAUCCCUUGCAUAACGUCGAUGCUCACUCGUCUCAUCAAGUUCACACCUAAAAAUGGGUUAGUCAACGAUUCCAGCAGACAGCAGACCAUGACAGCAGAUUAAUUUCCGUAAGGAAAAGGCAUCUACUUAUUUCCGAAUCGAUCAAUUAAAGUGACUUGUUCAUGCAUUUAAUCAGUAAUUAAACUUAAAGUUCGAGGAGUUGGUAGAUUACACUGGAUUUGAUCUACUCGUCGAUGCAUUUAGACGUGAAAUAAGGGAUUGAACCGAUUAAAUUCAUCCAAAAAUACAAUUGAAAUUAUAUCAAAUUGAGUGAACAUAAAAUUUCUUUUGGAAUUAUUGUCACCGCGAGACGGGACUGACUGGAUUUGUAAUUUUUCACCGAUAGUGAUAAAUAUUCAAGCCCUUAUUUCAUUCGAUCUCUAAAGAAAUUGCAAUCGUAGUUUAAGUCCGUAUUAUUUACGGAUAAAGGCGCUCGGGUUUUGAGCCAUUCAAUUAUUAAUUAAUCGUAUUAUAAACUCGGUGUGAUAACGAUUUAUAUCGAUCUAUUGUGCUGACUAGCACAAAAAAAAUCCUACCAUCGGUUGUUUGCAUUUAUUUCCUUUUUUCAUAGAAAAUUGGCUUUAAUUUUUGGUUGUGUUUCGUUCAAAUUAAUAUACGGCACAAUCACAAGCAACUCGUUUUUUUAAAAUAAGUUCUUUUGAUGAGUCCACUACGUCUGCAUUUAUUUACGUCUUACAAUAGCUCAAAAAAGCGAUGGUGGUUAUUAAGCCUUAAAAAUGUCUUUCACAGCGUUGAAGUAGGGAAACUUGUGAUAAUUGUACCAUGACUGCCAAGGGGAUUAUCAAUAUUGUAGCUUUCGGGCAGUAUAAUCAUUGAAUGAAAAAUUAAAUUGUAAAGAUAUCAUUCAGUUCGUCGAGGAAUAUUUCCGGUACAACUGAAAUUUCCUCCAUAUCCCACAUUCCAAUAUUUGAUCGAAUGAAUAUGUGAUUUAAUUGCGAUUUAAAAAUUUCAGUCCAGAAAUCUAGCCACGAUGGUUUUAACACUUUGCGGAAUUGCAUCUCUAUUUGAAUUAAUCAAAACUCUCACGAUCUGACAUGAAAAUAAAUUGGAAAUAUCCUCGAGAAUCUAACGUAGAAAUUUUAUAAAUGUAUUUUCCAUAUGGCUGAUUGUACCGAGCUUUUUUAUAAAUGAAGUUUUCUAUCACUUUA